AUGGAUCACGAGGCAUCAAUGCUUUCAUUUUUUGCAAUGAGCUCUGAAGAUUUUGCUUCAGUGAAUAUACCUGCAUCUGUUUUCAGCAUCCUUAUGAACAUUUUUUUCAUCUACUGUAUGGUCUUUCAACAGCCAUCAAGUUGUGCAACUGUUAUUUACUUGUGGAAGCACCUGAAGAACAUGAAGGAGAGCAACACUCUCUCAUCUCCCCGAUUCCAGAGACAGAUAAGAAUGACCAUCAGAAGAUUCUUUAAGCAGUCAGGUGGAAUUAGUCUUCUGUUACAAGCAGUGGUGUGUCCAGACUAUUUCUGA